UGCUGACAUCGAAUGCUGUUCCGGAUAGAGCUUUGUACGAAACCCCUCAUUUUUACUAGCUCUGUUUUCACCGCCACCUCCAAACCAACCCCACAUUCUAAUCCAAAACCGAUUUUGCCUGACAAGAAAAUGGCUGAAAACACCCAAAUCGCUAGCAGUAAAGAAGACCCAAAAGCACCCAAAAGCCUGUUCUCGCUGUUCCCCAAGUUUAAGCUCGAACUCCCUUUUCUGAAGCCGGGACCUAAACCGGAGGUUCGUGUUGUAGAGGAAGUGAAAGGAGAAAUAGUGAUUGGUGGUGAUGAAGGAGCAGAAACUACGAAUCAGAAGCCGGACGUGGUGAGGUUUUCCGAGAGAAGAGCAUUGGUUCCAGUCCCUUUGGUUACCGAGGCGGAAGAGUCUUCUGCGAAGACUUCCAACCCUGUCAUUCUCUGGCAGGUUUAUGCUCUCGGAGGGUUCCUUGUAUUGAGGUGGAUAUGGGCAAGAUGGCAAGAGAGGAGGGGCAAGAAGGGGUCUUCUGAGAGUGAUAAUGAGGAAUCUUCAGAUGUUGAAUAGGUUUAUCAUUUGCUUAAAUCUCAAUGUAUGAAGAAUACUAGAAAAUAAACUCUAAUAGGUGGUUUCUUUUCAUUUGUGAAUGUGAAAACUAGUUGGGUCACUGAACUAGCAAAUAAUUGUUUUCAACUCAUAGGGUUUCAUGUUUACCAA